AUGAUCGCCUCGCGGAUCCUUCGAGCGGCCUCGAGCGCAAGCACGAUUGCCUCUGCUUCGGCUGGGGCUUCGUCUCUUGCGCGGAGUAAGGUCAGCACGCACCUGACUGGCUUGGCCGUUCACCCCAACCCGCUGCCAGCUCUCGUCGAAACGUAUCAGAGCACGCUCUCGCUCCUCGAGACGCUCCCAGCACAGUCUGUCUACCGGCAGGCGUGCGCAGCUCUUACACAGAACAGACUCGACCUCGUCAAGAGGCUAGACACGCCCGCGAACAAGGACAAGACGGCGGAUGUCGAAGAGACGAUCAACGAGGUCGAGCAGGCCAUCGAUGCCGGUCAGAUCGAGGAAGUUCUCAUUCAGGCACAGGACGAGCUGAAGCUGGCAGCAAAGAUGCUCGAGUGGAAGUCCCACGAACCGCUUGAGGUUACGCCAAACCCUGGACAAUGGUCCUACUUUGAUAUGGCCGAGGAGGCCGGCGAGGGCGACCAUUAGAGGCCCUCAGCAUCCUUGCUCGAAUCACAAUCGAAUCUCUGUCUUCUUUUUGGUGUGCAAGCGAAAAAUGAAAGAAAGAAGGAAGGUGUAUAAAUUCCAAGGAAGUGGG